CAAACGCCUCCUUGCUCAGGAUGCCGGCCAGUGUCGCCAGCGGGGGCGGCUCCGGGGCUAGUGGCGGAGGCAAGGACACGUAUGGCAUCGUCGCCUCCCGCCACUUCGAGUCAGGCCCUCCGCCCUCCAAGAUGCAACUGUGCCAGAUGGACGACGGCGAGAUGUACGAGACGGUAAAGGAAGAGGAGUGGCUGACGCGGAAGAAGGUCACCACCACCACCACCAAGAACAUCGAGACGAGGACGCAGCGGGAGGUGAUGCUUGAGGACGGAGAGGUGGUGGGGGACUCCGGGCCGCUCGUCACCCAGGACUGCACCGAGAACACCGUCACGAAUGAGGUGGUCGCUGACGAGCACCUGACGCCGGAGGGGCAGGAGGGCGCGGCGAUCGAGGCCCCGGGGGAGGACUGGAUCCCGGUGGGCGGCGCCGUGGUGGUGUCGGAGAAGAAGGAGCACAUACUCACGUCUCACCAGGUGGCCGAGGACAGGCGCGAGACAGAGGAGGUGGUGCAUCUGGGCAACGUCACCAACCAGGAAGUAGAGGACCACAAGGAAGGGAAGGCCGACCUGCGAGCCCUGACUGAGGCGCGGCAGGAGCGGGGCUGGGAGGUGGCGCGGCCCGAGAAGAGAGUGGUGCACGAGUCCGCCAAAAAGUGGGGCACUGUGGACACUGAGGACGUGCAUGAGACGAGCCGCAUCCAGGACGGACACGUGGUGACGGAGACAGAACGCACCACGCAGCACGAGGUGUACGAGAACGAGUCGCUGCCGGACUCCGGGUCGUCGCUGAGUGACGGGUCGGUGCACGAGGAGGCGCGCGAGACCCAGCACAACAUUGUCCACACCAAGGACGAGGAUAUUGUAGAGUACUACGGCGUUCCCAAAGGCGGCACUCUCGCUCAGGGCGUCAAGCUUGGCGAGGGGAUGCACGUAGUGAGUGAGGACUUCCACGAGGACCGGGAGGGCGAGGACCUUGACUCGCUAAGUGAAAGGAUCCGUCGCGGUCGCCGGUUGGGCAUCCUUAAACCGAAGACCCGAGACACCACGGAGCGGACAGACGCCAUCACGCGGCGCCCUCUCGACUACCACGAGGAGGAGGAGACACGCAAGUCAGAGACCAACCGCUGGCUGGAGAACCACUUUGGUAGCGAGUCCGGCCACUCAGGCAGCUCCCACCACGACCCUGAGGAGGAGGGCGGCCUGCACACGGCGGGCGGCAACGUCAUCACUAUCACCAUGAGUCCGCGCCCCGCCACGCCUGAGGACGUUCCCGACGCGGCGCCCUCAGCCAGGCGUCAAUGGGAUUCCCCCGCGGCGCCCACCUUCGCUCGCAGCUCCAACAACAAGGCGCCCCCUCCCCCGCCCCCGCCGAAACCCACCUCUUCCUGGACCUCCCCCUCGGCGGCGUCCCCCCGCCAGCAGGGUCCCCCCAGCAUGCCCAGCGAGGAAAUCACCCACUCCAUGAUCGCCGAGGCGCGGUCAAAGCUGAGAUCAACAGGACGCAUUCUGGACGAGAGCGAGAACAGCACGCCGCCCACCAGUCCCCCGGCCAACGGUGUGCGGUACAGCGGCCCCCAGGAGCGAGUGCAAGUGUUCGCCUCGUCCCCGAGCUCCUUCCCCUCCCCGCCUGUCUCGCCCACCGGCCGCGUCCUCGACGACCCAGUCUAUAACAGCAAGUUCAGGUCGGGCAGCCCAAGUGGUCUCGUAUCCUCCAGACUCUUCUCCACUCCCUCCCGCAGCUCUCGGCCCGCCACACGCUCCCCGUCAGACAGCCCCCCGCCGCCUCUGCCCUCCACGCCUCCGCCCACACAGAGCAACAACGUGGGCAGGUCACAGUCAUUUAAUGUUACCAACAAGAACUGGAUCAACAGCGGCUCAAAGACUCUGUACUCCCGCCCCCUCAACUCCAGACUGAAGGAGUUCCGCAGUGAGGAGCAGCUGGACGGUGUGGGCCACCCGUCCCCGCGGCGCUGGACGCCCUCGCGGAGGGAACUCUCCCCCGAGCCCCCGAGGGAGGUGACGCCGCCUCCACCCCCACGCUCGCGCAACUCACAUUCCAUCCACAGCCAUUACAACACUGCACCCACCAGGUCCUCCAGAGCCUCCAGGACCACCGAGAUUGCAACGCAGACCAUCGCCCGGGACUCCGCCACGCAGACCGCCUCCUCGCCCGUGCCUCCGCCCCGCACCAAACGUAAACACAAGCCCAAGACUUACUACUUCGGUCAAGAAUCGGCACCCUCUAUUUCCUCCGAGAGGUUGCCAUCCAGAGGCCCCAUCACCACCACGACCAGCGUUUCCUACUCCAGCACAAGGAGGGACAACCAGUCGUCCCCAAAGGUGGAGCGAAGGUUCCGCACCACCAAGACCAUCACCCCCGUGGUGGUGCCCGCCAACACCCACACAGAGCAGCAGGACAAGCUGAAGAAUCGCUCGUGGCACUACCGCAGCAUGGACGAGCUGCGCACUGGCGCUGAAAGCACUGCUAGAGAGUCAUGGACCAACACCAUUGACCCUCGCCGGAAGCCCCGCCACUACUCCCACACUCCCAAAGAGCCAGAGACUCAGACGUUGCCUAAGAAACUUUCCAACGGCACAGCGUCGCCCAGCAGGACCUACAUCUUUGGCAGCGACCGGCCAGACCACAGCUCCGGCAAGAGGGAGGUGGAGAGUCGCUCCUCUAGCUCACAUCUACACAGGUCUUACGGUGGCUCGAUGGUCAAUGUGUCUCUGGCAGGAAUGUCUUCCCCGAAAAGCAGCGUGUACAAGACAGAAGUGCAGGACAAGCCAGCUCCACCGCGCACCGUGCGGCCUGUCCUGAGGAGCCACAGCCUGAACAUCAAGCCUGCGCCUCUCAAGGCUGCUGACUCCCCCACAGAGGCCAUGCCGCCCACCACCAGCUUAUCCAGCACGCAGCGCACCUCCACCAUGUACCGGUCCUCGCCUUACCUCAACCUCAGGAGCCCCAACCUCAUCGCCACCAUUGCCCGCUCCAACUCCACUCGAAGGACAGACUCGUACGAGGAGGAGGACGAGCACGAGCAUGACAGGUCACCUGGUGAUGAUCGACAUCGCUCCGUGCACACCUCACACCACACCUCCCGCCACACCACCACCAACAACAUCACCAACAACACCAACAACACCAACAACAAUAGGUACACAGAAAGCAAGAAUUACAGUUCACAUAUCAUCAGUAACAACACCAGGAAUGCCAACAACAACACGGACAGCAACAGGAACACCAGGAACACGCCCGUCGCCAACAACGACAACACCGCGGUGGAGGAGAAGAGGAACAGGUUCAUGAAGGACCUCCUUGCCACGGCGCCCGAGCUGUUCCACGCCAUACACGGCGAGGACGAUGGCAAGAAAGGGAACGAGUCUGGCAAGGGCAACCAGUCGCCCCCAGAGUCCCCGCCACAGCUUAUCAGGCCUCCAGGCUCCCCUCUCACCUCCCCGCCUGCCGCCUCCCCAACCACCACUACAGCUCCUCGCGUCUUCACCUUCGGGAGGGGCGAGGGGAGCUCCGUGAAGCGGUCCCCGUCAGCUCCACACGAGAGCAACAACAACCGCCUCAGUAGUCAAGGGCGCAGCACACUGAGCAGCAGCAGAGACAACCUGAGCAGCCCUCAGCGGAACAGCCUCACGUCGCAGUACCACCGCCAGGCGCAGCUCAUGAACAGCAACCCAGGCACCGUCACGAACUCUCUCAACCGCCCAAAGUUUAACCUCAAGUCUGACGGAAGAUCAUCACUCCUGUACUCCACCUCCUUUCGUAACCGAGCAGAGCAGCAACAGCAGCAGGCUUCCCUAGGCUCGCGUGACCGCCGCGGCUCGGACCCAAGGGACCACAAACCACACACGACCCCAGGCUGGAGGGACCACCACGCGGAGCUGGUAGGGAAGCACCAGGGUAAUGUCACCUCCAACUUGACGCGGGAUGGUGCUGUCCUCAUUCCCAUCCGAGACUGGAACAGCCGCUGAGACUGAUCGCCUGGUGUCUCUGAUUUUAUUUCCUCUCUCUCGUGCAGGAUUUCAUGUGGUCAGCCAUGCGUGGGUUGGCUGGCAGACGCUUGUUUUUUACUAUGUACUGCUGAGGACGAUAUGAGGUAUUGAGGAGGAGGAGGAGGAGGAAGAUGAGGACAGCAAAUAUUAAUAAGAGAAUGUUAAAGCUUUACAAUUUCCUUUUAUGUAUAGAUGAUGAAGAAAUGUGGUAAGGAGGAAUAGAAAGGAGGAGGAGGAGGAGGAGGAGGAGGAGGACGUUAAAGCUUUACAUACAUAUAAAAAAAGCCACCACGUGACUGCCAUUAGCGCGUGAGGACCUCAACCACCACAGAAUGGAGCGCGUGCGUCUGCCCCGCGCUGGACCACUUCCGUACUUCGUUAUCGGCACCUCCUUCAUCACUGGAGCCGCGAUCGUCCAACGCGGGUGAUCAGGCCCAAGAUUUCAUGGAAGCUCUCCCGGCCUCGCCCCAGUGUGAGCUGCGGUAGAGCUCGGCCAGUCAGCCUGUGUGAAGCUAUACUAUAUAGUUCCAUGUGCCAUAACCCGAGGGAGGGAGGGAGGGAGGAGGCGCCCUUCGUGGUGGUAGUGGUGGUGGUGGUGGUGGUGUGCGGCCAAAGACUGUAUCAUGUAUGAGUGUGUCAAUACCACUACAUUCUUUGGUGCAGCGUGCCGAGCGUGUAGUGAGGCGGCCGGCGGGGACAGGGACAGUAGGAGGGUUUUUGCUCCGCGUUACUACUGUUAUUGCUCCGUGAAACUAGGAGAGAGAGAGAGCGGCAGAGGAGGUGUUAGAAAGGGAGAGAAACAGGAGGUAAAGAGGCGUUGGUGUGUUCGAUGCUUGCCUCAGCUCCCCGUCAGCCGUCAGGAUCACUAAGGAGGGACUGGCGAAGUGCUCUUAAGGUGCAAGCAAGCAGUCCCCGCCUCCACUGCUGGGUAACUGCCAUUACGUGCGUAUGGAUGUAACUUGUAUAUACAUUAUGUAAUUUACUUUACCAAUGAAAAACAUAUGAAACUAGUAAUAGAGUAUAUAAAACGUUAAGCUAAAAGAUGAUUAUGUACUAUAGCGUGAGGAGAAAGUACUAGUAACUAUUGCAUUCCCGUGGCGAGAGUGUCACGCGAGCUCCGGAGCGGCUUGUGUGGAGCUGGAUGUUGGAGAAAGUUGUGUUUAUACACUAACUAAUACCUACUAUGUCUUCCAUAUUCACGAUACAUGUGUAAAUUAAAUAAAAGCGGUGGAAAGUGUUCACGAGGCGAGGCGCUGUGACGCUCACUACCGCGCGUCGCAGUCCCGGCUCUCCUGCUUCACUAACAAAAAUAUUAGUUCGAUACUUUACUGCAUCUUCGGGUAAAUUAAACGUGCAUUUCCAUGUAUUGAUUUUGUACUACUGUCAUUAAACUAUUCAUUUUAU